UUUUUUUUUUUUUUAAUAUAUUAUUAAUCAUUGUUUUUACACUAAUGUCUUUUUAUUUUUAAACAUAUAUUUAUAUAACAGAAUAUAAAUAAAUAAAUAGAUUAUAAUAUAAUAAUUAUAAUAUUAAUAAUAAUUAAAUAAAUAUAAUUAGAAAAAAAAAAAAUGAAUAAAUGGAUAAUGUUAAUUGACCCAGCAUCAAUAGCAAUAUUACUAUGUCCAAUUUUAGUAAUAUGCUAUGGAAGCUAUAGAUCAUAUAAAUUUAAUUUAGAGCAUCAUUUAAUGAUUAUAGAUAACAACGAUGUUCCAUCGUCAUAUCUAUUAAUAUUUCCAUUGCUUGGGUCAAUAUCUUUAAUCCUAUUCUUUUAUUACCUGGAUAAUAUGUAUUCAUUUUUAAUAUUUAUUGUUUUCAUUACCUCAAUCUUUUCAGUAACUUUUGUUUUAUAUCCAAUAGUACAAUAUUUUUUACCAAAGUUUAAAAUUCAUGAUACUUCAAAAAGAGUCAAAAUUUUAGACGAAGAUGUUACAAUUACUCUAUCGGUAUUAGUAGCUUUUUGCUUAUCGGCUGCAUUGACAUUGUUUUGGUAUUAUUCAAACCAUUAUAUGUUUGUAAAUAUUUUAUCCGUUUGUUCGGGUAUAACCGCAUUAUCAUUUAUGAGAUUAAACAAUUUAAAAGGUUUAACAUUUUUAUUAUGGAUAUUUUUAAUAUAUGAUGUAUUUUGGGUAUUUUACAGUAGUUUCUUUUUUGGAGAGAGUGUAAUGGAAAAAGUUGCAAUUAGGGUUUUGGAUAAAUUUUAUUUACCAAUGUUAAUAACAUUCCCAAAAUUUUUUGGAAAUGGGUUUUCAUCAUUAGGUAAUGGCGAUUUUGUAUUACCAGGUAUAUUUAUGUGUCAAUUAUAUUUUUUAGAUAAAUAUUAUAAUUUCGAUACAAGCGGAAAUAGUAGCGAAUAUCAAUCAUUACCACAGACUAUUAGAAGCAGCGCAAAUGGUAAUAGUUUAAAUAAUAACAAUAACAAUUUUAAUAAUAAAAUAAAGGUUUGGUUCAAAAAUUUAGGAUAUUUCAAAAUUUCAAUAAUCGGCUAUGCAUCAGGGUUAAUAAUUUCAUUAUUUGUUGUCUUAAUAACAGAAAGUGGUCAACCAGCAUUAUUGUAUUUAGUUCCAACUGUCACAUUACCAGUAUUAAUCACUGCAAUCAAAAGAGGUCAACUUUCAAUCAUAUUCAAAUCAAUACCCAAACCUAAACAAGAAAAUGACAUUAAUGAUCACAAUCACGGUUUUAAUAAAAUAAAUAAUAAUAGUGUUGACAAUAAUAAUAUCAACGUCAAUUAUGACUAAAUUAAGAAAUGUAAAGAGUAUUUAUGGCAUAACCAAAAAAAUAAAAAAAAUAAAAAAAUAAAAAAAUAAAAAAUAAAAAAAUAAUAAAAAUAAUAAAAAAUAGUUUAUUUUUGAAAAU